AAUUUGGUAUAAUGCGUUGAACGAGAGAACGUAGAGUAGUGUGUACUACGAAAAAGACCUUGAGUAGUUCAACCGAAUCUACGAGUCUCAAAUCGCGUUUAAUUCUUAAGUUUUAAACAGCGUUGUAACGUGUGAGGUGUAAAGGUUCAUUUAAAAUGAGCCUGGCUAAUCUUAUAAAGCCAUCACAAUCUGGCCCAUUGAAGCCUGCAAGUAAUUCUUGGAAACGUGAUCCCCCCGAUGAAGAUAAAGAUAACUCCGAGCCAAAUGCAAAAAGACCACGAUAUUCGUGGUAUGUUACUCUUGAAAGCGAAUCGUCUAGAGAUGCUACUAGUAAUGGUGAAAGCGAUAAUGAAUCAAUUCACAGCAUCCAAGAUCAAGAAACUGAAUAUGCAAGAGAUACGUCAGACACUUCUACAUGGAUUAGUACGAGUGACGAAUACCAUCCGGAGAACGUGUCGUUUCAAGUCGAAUAUGACGUGGAAUCACUGUCUGAAUCAGACAAUCCAUUCCUCAAUAUCUCGUCUUCCGAUCCAGAGGAUAUCUUGACAGUUGGUGUAUUUGCUAGCCUGAGCAGUUUAAGCGACUCUGAAGUUCGGCAGCAACAGGUUGAAGAUACUGAUGUAUCACUAACUUCUGAAGAUAGUGAAAUUAGUAAAGCUGAUUAUUGGUCGUGUAUUCAAUGUAAUAUGAAAAACAAUAAUCCUCUUUUUAGAUAUUGCGAGCGAUGCUAUCAGUUGAGGAAAAACUUUUUCCCACCUCGGCCGAAACGAAAGAGGAAACAUGAUAAGAAGCCGAUUGAUAAUAAAUUAGAAAAUGAAACAGCAUCAGAAAAUAACUCACAACAAUUAUCGCGAAUGGAUUCUGGAUUGGGAGGAUCGAGUCAAGAGAGUCAAUCAUUUUCAUUAUCAUCAUCGCAAGCUUUGGAGUCGGAUAUGGAAACAGAAGAUAGAAUGGUUUUUUCACCAACAUCAUGCUCAAAUAAUUUGAUAUCAAAAGAUGCUUCCAUUGAUGAACGUCACGGCAAUAUUUCUGGGCAGUUUGUUAAUAAUCCAACCGGUUUCGAAGUGGAUAAAGAUGAGGUCGAUGCCAAAGUUACGUCUUUCAGUUUAAAACAUUUAAGUGGUACAGAUACAAUAUCUGUUAGUAAUGAUAAGAAAAAUCAAAAGACUGAAACAAAUUCGCAGAAUGACAUUAAAAUAUUAAGUAACAAUCAGAAAGAAAAAUCUGAUGAGAGUGAAAAUAAACUUUGUCUUGUUUGUACGGUAAGCCCGAAAAAUGGAGCGUUUGUUCAUGGAAGUGUUUCGCACAUUUGUUGCUGUUAUCAGUGCGCUGUAAGAAUUUGGAGAACAACAAAACAUUGUCCCAUUUGCAAGAGGAAAAUAACUAAUGUUUUAAAAGCAUUUUAUGUUUAAUAACAUAAACAUCUGGAACAUUGUGGAUAUAUUAAACAAAAGAUAAUUUUAAUGUUUAAUUUAUAAUAAAUUUAAACAUUGUUAAAGCUUUUAACACACAAUAAUAUAUUUUUAUAAAUUUGAAAAUCAUUUAUGCGAGAAUAAUGAAUGAAGAAUGUAUUUAAUUACUGACAACAAUUGCAAUAAUUGUAUUCUGUGAUUAUUGAGAUAGAAAAGACUGACCGAACUUAUUACACAUAAAAAAUUAAAAGAACUAUUUCGUGUCGCCAUCUCCAGUAAUCUUGCAUAUUUCAACAAUGGUGCUCAAUUAUAACAAUGUAACAACAUGUAAUUUCAGUAAAUAUUCUGGAAAUUUCAAA